UUGGUAUCAAUCAAUGAAGUUCUUUGGACUAGUUUCAUUCACUUAUUCCUUUAAUUCCAGAGGGUAAUGGCAAUGCUGAUUGCUGAGGAAGAGAGGAGCCAUUGAUGUAUUCGUGUUUGAGUUCUUCUUUUGCCAAAAUCUCUCUAUUAUCAAACUUUAGACGGAUUUCUCACCUGUGUUUCUCUAGUUUUACCAAAGAAAAGAAUUUACACACUUCUCGCAUCCAUAAUGAAGCUUUGCAGAAGCAGAACACACAAACCUCCGGUUCAGAAAUGGAGAAGAGCAUAUACGCAAUUCUUACUAUAGACCGUUGGGAGUCACUGAACCAUAUGGAGUAUAGGUUGGCUUCACUUAGACCUGUUCAUGGGAGGCUGGCCUUGAAAUUCCUCAACUGGGUCAUCAAGCAACCCGGUUUGGAACUCAACCAUCUUACCCAUGUAUUUUGUAUCACAACCCAUGUAAUUGUUAGAGCUAGAAUGUAUGGCCCUGCAAAAUCAAUUUUGAGGCACAUAUCACAAAUGGGUAUUGGGCCAACUUCUGUCUUUGAUGCAUUUAUGAACACAUACCCUCUUUGCAAUUCAAGUCCUGCAGUUUUUGACCUUCUAAUUAGGGUGUAUGUUAGAGAAGGGAUGGUUGGGGAUGCUGUGGAAACUUUCUAUUUGAUGGGUUCUCGAGGAUUUAGGCCGUCAAUUUUUACUUGUAAUAUGAUUCUAGCUUCAAUGGUGAAAGAUUGGGGAGCUGGGCCAGUUUGGUCUUUUUUCAAAGAAAUGCUUGGAAGGGAGGUUUGUCCUAAUGUGACUACUUUUAAUAUAUUGCUAAAUUCUUUAUGUACGGAAGGGAAGCUUAAGAAAGCCGGUUAUUUGUUAAGAAAGAUGGAAGAGAGUGAUUGUGUUCCAACUAUUGUCACUUACAAUACUAUGCUGAAUUGGUAUUGCAAGAAGGGGAGAUACAAAGCGGCAUUUGAGCUGAUUGAUCACAUGGGAUCCAAGGGUAUUGAAGCAGAUGUAUGUACAUAUAAUAUGUUAAUUGAUGAUUUGUGUAGAAAUAACAGGAGUGCGAAAGCUUAUUUACUGCUAAAAAAGAUGAGGAAAAAGAUGUUAUUUCCGAAUGAAGUGACCUAUAAUACUCUAAUCAAUGGGUUUGUUAAGGAGGGAAAGAUUGGAGUUGCUACUCGGCUUUUGGAUGAGAUGUCAUUGCUUAAUAUUUCACCAAACUGCAUUACUUACAAUGCUUUGAUCGAUGGGCACUGUAACAGGGGUAAUUUUGAAGAAGCAUUUAAACUGUUGGAUAUGAUGGAAGAGGGAGGAAUGCGACCUAAUGAUGUCAGUUAUGGGACUCUUUUAAAUGGGUUGUGCAAGCAUGCCAAGUUUGACUUAGCGAGCAGCAUGCUGGAGAGAAUGAGGAUGAAAGGGAUGGUGGUUAGUUGUAUUGUGUACACAGUAAUGAUUGAUGGAUUAUGCAAAAAUGGGUUGCUUGAUGAAGCUGUGCAAUUGCUCUAUAAGAUGUUCACAGAUUGUGUCAAUCCUGAUCUCGUCACAUUUUCAGUGCUCAUAAACGGAUUUUGCAGAGUCAGGAAGAUAAAAAGUGCAAAGGAAAUAAUAUGUAAAAUGUAUAAAGCUGGACUUGUACCAAACAAUAUCAUAUACUCUACAUUAGUUUAUAAUUCUUGCAAGAUGGGGAAUAUUGCAGAGGCAUUUAAAGUCUAUGAAGCUAUGAUUAGCAAUGGGCAUGAAGUGGACCAUUUCACAUGUAACGUGUUGGUUACUUCUUUAUGUAGAGUUGGAGAACUCGUAGGAGCAGAAAAUUUCAUGCAUCACAUGAGUAGAGUUGGCCUUGGUCCUAACUCUGUAACUUUUGAUUGUAUUAUAGAUGGCUACGGAAAUUUGGGUGAUGGGUUAAAAGCAUUUUCAUUGCUUGAUGAAAUGAUUAGAUUAGGUCAUCACCCAAGUCCUUUUACAUAUGGGAGUUUACUGAAAGGGCUAUGCAAGGGGGGGAAUCUGGAGGAGGCAAAAAAGUUUUUGAAUAAACUCAACUGCAUUCCCUCUGGAGUAGAUGCUGUUCUCUACAACACAAUACUUGUUGAGACUUGUAAAUUGGGGAAUUUGUCGGAGGCAGUGGUCCUUCUUGAUGAGAUGAUCCAUAAUGGUGUGCUACCUGAUAGUCAUACAUACACUAUCCUUCUUUCUGGGUUCUGCAGGAAAGGCAAAUUAGUUGCUGCUAUCCUCUUGUUGGAAAAAUUGUUGGAAAAUGAAGCUCUUACUCCAAAUCUUGUACUGUAUUCCUGUUUAAUUGAUGGCCUUUUCAAGGCCGGACAAUCAAAGGCAGCCAUGUAUCUUUAUGAAGAGAUGGAGAACAAAGGUCUGAGCCCUGAUACUAUUGCACUUAAUGCAGUUUUAGAUGGAUACUCAAAGAUGGGAAAAAUGGUGCAGGCAAAUGAUGUAUUUUCUACUAUGAGAAGCAAAAUUUUGAGUCCUAACUUGUCUACAUAUAAUAUUCUCUUGCAUGGAUAUUCAAAGAAACAGGUUUUAUUGGCAUGCUCUAGAUUGUAUAGUGCUAUGACCAGGGCAGGUUUUCUGCCUGAUAAAUUAACGUGCCAUUCUCUUAUUCUUGGACUUUGUGAGUCUGGUAUGUUGGACAUUGGUAUCAAAAUGUUGAAAAAAAUGACAAUGGAAGGUGUUAUAGCUGAUCAGUUUACAUUUAACAUGCUUAUUACCAAGUGUUGUCAAACUGGUGAGAUGGGGAAAGCCUUUGAUCUGGUUAAUAUUAUGAAUGUUUCUGGAGUUAGUUCUGAUGUAUAUACGCAAAAUGCGAUCUUUAAUGGACUGUUUAGAACUUCAUCUUUCCGAGAAUCCCAUAUUUUUUUGCAUGACAUGUUGGAAAAGGGUUUCAUCCCUAGGUGCAAGCAGUAUAUCACUCUAAUUAAUGGUAUGUGUAGAGUGGGAGAUAUACAAGGAGCAUUCAGGCUAAAAGACGAGAUGGGAGCACUAGGUAUCAGUUCCCGUGAUGUUGCUGAGAGUGCUAUGGUUAGAGGGCUUGCACGAUGUGGAAAAAUUGAAGAAGCCAUGCUGGUUCUUAAUUGCAUGCUCCGGAUGCAACUCGUUCCCACUACUGCGACUUUUACUUCUUUGAUGCACGUGUUCUGCAAGGAUGCUAACCUUACAGAGGCCCUAAAGUUGAAGGGCAUUAUGGAACAUUGUGGUGUGAAGCUUGAUGUUGCUGCCUUUAAUGUUCUCAUUUCAGGACUAUGUGCUAAUGGUGAUGUUGUGUCUGCAUUUGAACUUUAUGAAGAGAUGAAACAAAGAGGUCUAUGGCACAACACCACCACCUAUACUGUUCUUAUCGAUGCCAUUUUAGCUGAAAAUAAUCUUGUCAAGGGUGAAAUGCUUUUGGAGGACUUGCAGGAAAAGGGAUGGAUAUCUUGGGAUUGGGGUCAAAGUACCCAACAAUUAAAUGAGGGAUUGAUGAUUGCCAUGGAAAAAAUAACUUCGUUGAAGAAAAACAGAAGGAAGCAAUGUAGUCUGAGUUGGUACACGAAAAAUAAACCUUUCUUCUAGAGGUCUGGCAGAUAAUGCUUACCUUGACUAAAUAUGCCCCUUGGCAAAGGCCUCUUGCAGAGACUCUUGUUAAACCUAUGUGCACAUAGUGUUACAAGGGCAAUUCUAGCGUGUCUUUUGCUUGAUAUGAUUAAGCCUGAGGCUGAAGUUUCAGUCAAUGGAUUGACAACAAUUAACUCCCAGAGGCUUUAUGGUUGCCAGUCAAAUGUUUUUUGUGGUCGAUCCCAGUUGUUGGAUGGUCUUCCUCCACUGGUCUUGCAUCGAACUUUUGAGAUAUUGACAUAUUUGGCUACUAAUCAUUCUGCUGUUGCCAAUAUGUUAUUCUACUUUGAUCCCUUACUUGUUCUAAAGCCUCUAAGUCCUAUAUGUUUGGAAAGCAAGAAGGAUAAAGGCAAGAAGAAAAUUGUGGAAGGAGGAUUUGCGUCAAAACCUUUGGGCAACUCUCUGAAUGUGGAUGUUCCGUUGGUACUGUUCCUGAAGCUUUGAUUUUACUGCUUUUUCUACGCAGCACUGCUCACCUUGAGCAGGAGUCUGCUUCAAGUAGUUGUUUAUACUGCUGCGUCAAAUUUAGAGUACCAGCCUCAAUCUGAACCGGCAACAGCGAAUUCCCAGGAUUUGCCUGUCAAUGAAGCUUCUGGUGAUGUCCAAAAAGAUACUCCUUCAACGGAACCAGAGUCUAAGCAAGAGGAUAAACAUGCUGGUGCUGAGUCAUCCACUUCAGACGGAAAGAGGAGCAUUGGCUUUCAGAUAGAGUUUAUAUGCUUUCUGGUGAGGUGCUGAAGAAGUUGGCCUCAGUUGUUGCACCCCAUCGAAUGUGUUUUACUUCAGAGCUUUCUGAAUUAUCCCGUGGAUUGAGCAGUUCAGCUGUUGAUAGCUUGUCACACUGCGGAAAACACACAUGCUAGGUUCAAGUGCUGGUUCCAUGGCUGGUGCAGCAAUCCUAUGUGUACUACAAGCACUUAGUACUCUCACUUCACCUAGCAUAAAUGAGAGUACAGGACUUGAGAGUGAUGGGGAGCAGGAGCAGGAGGAGCAAGCUACUAUGAAAAAGCUGCAUGUCGGACUUGAAUUGUGGCAAGAAUUGAGUGAUUGUAUAAGUGUGACUGAGACACAGCUGGGUCAGCUCCUUUCAUACCAUGUCAAAUAUAAAUGUUGGGGAGCAUAUCCAGGGGACCUCUUCUUCAUCUCCUCUUCCUCCUGGAACCCAGAGACUCUUGCCCUUCAUUGAGGCUUUCUUUGUUUUGAGUGAAAAAGCUACAAGCAAACCAGUCUAUCAUGCAGCAAGAUCAUGCCAAUAUAACUGCAAGAGAAGUCAAUGAAUCUUCUGGGAGUUCAGCCUCUUUAAUCACAAAGUGCAGUGUGGAUCCUCAGAAGAAGCUUGACGGUGCCAUCACAUUUACAAGGUUUGCUGAGAAGCACCGAUCGCUUUUGAAUGCUUUUAUUGGACAGAAUCCAGGUUUAUUGGAGAAAUCACUUUCAAUGCUGCUGAAGGUACCAAGGCUGAUUGAUUUUGACAAUAAGCGAGCAUAUUUCCGUUCAAGAAUUAGGCAGCAGCACGAGUAGCACCUCUCCGGCCCAUUGCGGAUAAGUGUGCGGAGGGCUUACGCUUGGAGGACUCAUACAAUCAGUUGUGGAUGCGUCCCACUCAGGAUCUAAAGGGACGAUUGAAUGUGCAAUUUCAAGGUGAAGAGGGUAUUGAUGCUGGAGGUCUGACAAGAGAAUGGUAUCAAUUACUGUCAAGGGUUAUAUUUGACAAGGGGGCUUUACUUUUCACUGCUGUGGGAAACAAUGCGACUUUCCAGCCAAACCCCAAUUCUGUCUACCAGACAGAACAUCUUUCCUACUUCAAGUUCGUGGGCCGAGUGGUUGCAAAGGCAUUGUUUGAUGGGCAGCUUUUGGAUGUCUAUUUUACUCGAUCAUUCUACUAGCACAUACUUGGUGCCAAGGUCACUUACCAUGAUAUAGAGGCUGUUGAUCCUGAUUACUACAAGAAUUUAAAGUGGAUGUUGGAGAAUGAUGUGAGUGGCAUUCCUGACCUGACAUUUAGCAUGGAUGCAGAUGAGGAAAAGCAUUUCCUUUAUGGAAAAAAGGAGGUUACUGAUUAUGAGCUUAAACCCAGGGGAAGAAAUAUAAGGGUUACAGAAGAAACAAAGUAAGAGUAUGUUGACCUUGUUGCCUGGCACAUCUUGACAAAUACUAUCCGUCCUUGAAUUAAUUCCUUUUUAGAUGGCUUCAAUGAAUUGGUACCACGAGAACUUAUCUCUAUUUUCAAUGAUAAAGAGCUUGAGCUACUUAUAAGUGGACUUCCAGAAA